CCCAACACCGCUCACGGUCAUUCAUUCGUUUAUCACUUGCCCAAUUGGGUAUCGGGGCUGUCCUUUAUACCCCAUCUGUUCGAGUAUCUUUGAAACAUCAUUGCACGGACCGUCCCGUUUUUUCCUUGCCACCCAGCUGUCUAGCUGUUUCUUCCCCCCCCAUCCGGGAUAUGGGACACUGCUUCUCACUCGUGUAAAUCAAGACUCUCCCACUCCGUACUCCGGUCCUUUACAUCUUACAAAGCUCUCACUUGACGAUCCCCAUCAGGGUUCAGCUAUCUAUCGACUAUACUAUGGACCCCAUCCCCUUUGACCCCCCCCCCCCCCCUCCUUGAAUAUAUCACUCGCGUCCAAGAGUUUUUGACCUCCUUUGGGAUUGUGAGACGACCCAAAAGAUCCAAAUCCAGAUCCAACACCUACACCGACGCCAACAUUAAGUCCUCCAGAUCCGAGUUCCAAUAUGGCAGACCCGACUUCCACUCAGUCUAGUACGACGACUGAGAGUCCUUCUUCCGUUGCUCCAACUUCUACACCGACAUCUACCUCUACUUCUACCACCCCACCUCCCACAUCCUCCCCCUCACAGGAAACCUCUUCAAGUCCUACACCUACGAGCACGAGCACUACUUCCUCUGCACCUACCUCAACUUCUUCGACCGCGUCCCCGACCGAGACGUCUUCGUCAGCGAGUACAGCCCCAACCCCGAGUACCAGCGCUACCCCCACUGCUUCGCCCACGAGUACAAAUGCAGUAGCCCCAACGUCCGCCCAGCAACAGACUUCAGCGGCCACAACAGGAUCGGUCCCUGGUUUAGUCUCUGGCGUCAGCGCGGUUUCACGGACGAGUACCAGCGCCGUGAGUUCACAUAGUGCUGCAGCGGGUUCGACAAGUAAAGGAGGUACAGGAGGGUCGGGAUUGUCUACUGGAGCGCUCGUCGGCAUAAUCAUCGGAGCCAUUGCAGUGGUCUGCGUUGUCGCUAUGCUCCUUACGCGUAGUCUUCGGAAAAAAGCUAGAAGCAAGAGAACGGCAAACCGUACAAGCUUGUUUGAACCUUGGCCUGCCCCAGCACCUGUGGCUUUGGAAGAGGAGCCCGAUUUUGAGAAAGCCACCUACGACGCCCCAACUCAAUCGUACCCCAUGCAAACAACUCAAGACUAUACCUAUCCUCAGCAGCCCUAUGUCGACCCGGCGUAUUCAUACCCUCAGUACGAUCAAUACGGACAGCCAUACCCUCAACAACCAUACGUUUAUGAUCCAGCAACCGGAGCUCAGACGUAUGCACCUGCAGGAGCGGCGCCAUAUGAACACGUUGAUCCCUCACUUGCACCCGGGGGUGAAGGUGCUGUCGCUGCUGCAGGAAUCGCUGGAGCCGUAGGGGCCACCGAAGUCGCUGGUGGUGUGGCAGGCCAAGGUGAGGCCGUGGCCGCAGGCUUGCACGACGGUAUGAUGGCUAGAGUGAUGGUCGGAUUCGUGCGUUCCUUGGAGGAUGAAUUGGCAAUAACCCCCGGCCAACAACUCUACCUCCAUACGGCAUAUGACGACGGUUGGUCCCUCUGCGAGGACCAAAACGGUAAUAGGGGAGUUGUCCCAUUAUCAUGUCUUGAGCCAUGGCAAGAUAAUCUAGCUCCUAUUCCUCGAUCUAUCACGGCCGAAUCUCUUUCAGCAAGGUCUGAACGUCGAUCAAGUUUAUAUGCCAACGCUCAAGCCAGUCAAGCAUUCCUUCAAAUGCCUUCUGCUCCUGGAGCUCUAUGAGGCGUUUGAUUGUAUUCCGACCGUUCGAACUGCCUUCUAUGAUAUAACAAAAACUCCUCUCUCGCGUAA